AUGACUUCUACCAAGUCCCCCAACAUCCCUGUCGUGGACUUUGCUGGCUGGAAGACGGAGUCCAGUCGUCAGCAAAUAGCGCAAGAUAUCGUCGCUGCCUGCAAAAAGGUGGGUUUUGUGUACAUCGUCAACCACUCAUUGCCAGAGUCGAUGUUAGACGAAGCAUUCAGCUGGUCAAAACUAUUCUUCGAACUACCACAAGAAGAGAAACUCAAAAGCGCCCCAUCCAGAAGGAUGGGCGGUUCACAGAGGGGCAAAAUGGACCAGCUGAGGGAGGUUACAGACAUCAAAGAAAGCUAUGACAUAGGAAGUGACGAGAAUACCACCCAGCCUAAUCAAUGGCUGCCCGAACACAGUCUCCCCGGAUUCCGUGACUUCAUGCUCCGCUUCUACUGGGAGUGUUUUCGUGUCGGAGGGGAGGUCCUACAAGCGCUUGCUGUUGGCUUGGAGCUAGACGAGAACCAUCUGCUCGCGAAACACUCAGGUCAUAAUAACCAGCUACGCCUACUGCAUUAUCCGCCUAUUCCAGCCGAAGCAAUUGAGACAGAGCGUGCAGCCAGAUGUCCCGCACAUACCGACUGGAGUUCGAUCACUUUGCUGUUUCAGGAUGACUGUGGUGGGUUGGAAGUCGAGGAUGCUUUCUUACCCGGGACAUUUAUCUCUGCCACGCCUAUUAAGAAUGCGAUUGUGAUGAAUGUGGGAGAUCUUUUGCAGAGGUGGAGCAAUGAUCUUCUGAGGUCUACCAGCCAUCGAGUCACUUUGCCGCCUCUUCCUGAUAGAUUCAAAGGAACUGAUCGUAUGACCCGUAGGCGGUUCUCUAUUCCGUAUUUCAUGUCACCGGAUUCUGACUCGGUGAUUGAAUGUAUUCCGUGUGUCGGAGAAGGUGCUGCAAAGUAUGAGCCGAUCACACAGGCUGAUUACAACCGGAUGAGGGCUUCUAUGCAGUACUGA